CAUCAACAGCCCAAAAAGUUGGGGGGGGCCCCCCCAGCCCCACCCCCUGUGCGGUCCCUGGAAAGGUGUUGACAAUGAAUGUACGGUGCUUUCCAUUAAAAAAGAGAUGUUGAUAGGUCGUCUGUAUCAAGGGAGGAUGAAGGUCGGGAACUAAUAAGCUGUGAGGGGUGUGUGAGAGGUGAGUAAAACAGUUUGGGGUGGUGUAUGAGGAAUUCUUGGGACGUUUUACUGCAAGGGGUAAGGGUUAAGGUGUAUUAAAAGUGAGGAAACUGUCAGUUACGUUUAUUGAAGACAUCUUGGAACAAUGAGCUGAAACUCGACAGUUGGAAGGAAAAAAAGCUGCAUGGUCAAUUUUAUGAUGAAUACCCGGAACAACACAUGUAAGAAAACUUGGAGCUGGUUACGAAAAGCAGACUCGAAGAUCCAAACAGAAGCACUUAUUUGUGCAGGCCAGGAACAGGCUCACAGGACUAACCAUGUAACUGAUACCAUGUCGACAAUACCGCGCGAAUUCCCCUUAUGUAGGUAAUGUGGCGAGAAGGCGAGAGUGUAAAGUAUAUUGUCUGUGAGUGUAACUGAAAAGUUAGCCCAAAGGGAAUAUAAACAGAGACAUGACAAUAUUGCAAAAGUAGUUCGUUGGAAGUUAUAUUAGAAAUAUCAUCUGGAAAAUAAGGGUAUUAAGUGGUACGAACACGUGCCUGACAGUGUGAGUAAAAAAGAUGAAGUUAAACUAUUGUGGGAUAAUGAACAUCCAAUGUGAUCAUGUCAUCAAUGCUACAAUAGACAUGAUCAUGUGGCUGUAAAGAAACAGGAGAGAGAGAGAGUGCGCCAUUGUCGAUAUUGCUGUAGCAGGGGAUAAGAGAAUUGUUGAAAAGUAGAAUGAGAAGGUUAAAAAAUAUCUGGAGCUUAAAGAAAAAAUUCCAAGGAUGUGGAACAUGAGAACUGUGCAGGUGAUACAGAUUGUUGUGCGCAAGUGUGACGAAGAACUAGGAGAAGUGGCUCGAAAGUUGGACAUAAUAAUCAGUAUUUCAUCGCCCCCAAGAAACAGAAAGGAUUUUAAGAAAAGUAUUAGAGUUCUAGAGUAAGAAGUGGAAAUCUAAGGGUCCUUUUUUCACGGGUUAUGACUGGCUCCCAUAGCAAGUACAAAGGUAUCACGAAGAUCAACCAGUGUACAAAGCAAGAAAUAAUAUUAAUGAUAAUAAUAACAGCUCGUGGCUGAACGCUAUUCCAAUCGAAGAACACGGACUGGCUUUGAACAAGCAGGAGUUUAGGGACUCCCGUUGCCUUCGCUACAACCUCCCUCUGCCUAAUCUUCCUAGUUACUGUGCUUGUGGAGAAAUGUUUACUGUCAACCACGCUUUGUCAUGUAAGAAGGGAGGUUUGUAGCUCAGAGACAUGAUACAAUCCUAGAUCUUCUGACAUCACACAUCAGUAAAGUGUGCAGAAAUAUGGAGACAGAGCCACUCCUGCAACCACUCGACAAUGAAGUAUUCAACCUUCAGUCCAUUGUUACAAGUCGAGAAGCGAGGCUGGAUAUGAAGGCAGGAGGGUUUUGGACACCAGGAGUAACGGCAUUCUUUGACGUAUGUGUAACGCAUGUUAACUCCCGGUCCAACCAGGGUAAGUACACAGCUACGAUCUUCAAAGAGCAAGAAAACGAGAGGAAGAGGAAAUACAACCAGAGAGUGAUGGAUGUAAAGAUGGCACUGGUGUUUGGUACAAACGGGGGCAUGGGACUCGACUGUUAGAACUUUUUAAGAACUCUCGCAAAUAAGCUUUCGACUAAGAACGAUGAACCCCUACGCCAGCGUUAUUUCCUGGCUUCGAAUACAGCUCUCAUUUGCUAUAUUAAGAACUGUACACAGAUGCGUCAGAGGUUCUAGAUAUCCAUUCAAAUCACGUGAGGUCUCACAAGACUUCACUUUCGCUGUAGCUGGUCUACAUCUGUAUUCAUAAUUUUACGCCUAGAUUUUUGAUAUUUUUUUCCCUUAAUAAUUGCUUGAUUUUCCUUUUCCCGCUCUUAAAGUAUUCACAAUUGUAAGUAGUUUUCUAUCGUGGACAUAUAUUUAGUUUUUUUAAAAACUAAUUAAAAUUAGUAUCUUAGAAUUCUGAAUUGUGAACGGGUUUUGCCGGAAAUUUGUAUUUAUAUAAUAUUGAUGUGGACGUUUUAUUUUCAUGAAUAUUUUACAGAAGUUUUGUGUGUAGUUUUUAUAAGAUUUUUAUAAGAUUUUAAUAAAGAAUUAUUAUUAUUUUUUAUAAUAAUAAUAAUAAUAAUAAUUUGAAUUAUAAUUAUAAUACUUAUAUAGUUUAGUAUGGGAAAUAGGACUGAGUGGAGUCAGGAGACCACAUAGCUGGAGUCCAACAACAACAUCGAAGAGCUCGCGGGGCAUGGCGUGAUUAUUGUACCAUUACCUAGGUAUAUAUGACGGACACUGCCCCAUUACACUGUUAUAAUCAUAAUUAGAACAGCAUUUAGUAGUGGUAGUAGGACUAGAAAUAGGACUCAGAUUGGAAUCAAUUCCGUCUGUAAUCAUCAGAGUGAUUAGAGAAAACUGUUUCUCAGUAGUCCUCGGAUGGGCUACGACUAUUUAGAAAAAAGGCAAACUGAAUAGUAUCCAAAAGUCGCGCCUCCUGUUUUGCAGACGUAAACGAGUGUGCAACAGGAAAACACAACUGUAACGGAAGCUUCAUAUGCCAUAACACCAGAGGAUCCUUCUUAUGUAUCUGCAGGGAGCCAGGAUAUUUCUGGAACGGCGUUAAUUGCACAGGUAAAUAUCUUCAGUACUUUGAGAUUGUAGAUUCCUCUGAUAAAAAGGCCGCUGCGUGAUCGGGAUCUUUCAUGCUGAAAUCAUUGUCAUAAUCGUCAUCAUUGAUAUCGCAGUUAUUUGCCCUUUUUCGUUGAUAGCUAUUUUAACGAAAAAAACAAAAUCAAACGAGAAAGGUUUGUGCAAUUCCUUAGUUUAAGUUUUGGAAGAACAUGAAGUUUCGACAUGAUCUUUUAGGCUUAGUAAUACAGGCAACAUUUUCGCUUAACUUGUUGCGCAACAUUGUUGCGUUCCAAGUUGAAAAGCGUCGUUUUCCAUCGAUUUUAAGAGCGCAAAUUAACGUUGCAGCCUUUAAAAUUAAACUGCCUGUCGUUUUGGACCAUGGCUGUUUGUACUUUUGAUUGUGUCUUUAAAUGAAUAUUAUUUCAGUAGCUUUUAAUGCUGGUCUCAUUUCGGUGGCUCAACACCAACAUCAUAUGUCUUUAAGAAUUGUGUAAGUAAAAAAGCACGACAUGUCCCCCCCACCGCCCCAAUGAACAUUUGCGUCUCUGGGUCAACGGGGAAGAAGCUGACGUUGGGACCGACAAGGUUUUUUAGUCAGUCCUUCUUGUACCAUCUUGCCUGCCAAGUUUUCCACAAUGGUCUGCCUGAGUAUCUCUCUGAAGAGCUAGAGAAAAUUCAGCGCCGUGCACUUAGAAUUAUUUUCCCAGAUUUAGGCUAUCAAGAGGCUCUCAAAGAGUGCAAUAUUACCACCCUCCAUCAACGGCGCCAAUGGCUGACAGAGCGCCUAUUCAAUGAGAUUAAGGACAACAGCCUCCACAAAUUACAUGGCCUUUUGCCGCCACGUAAUCUUAGUACUGUAGCCUUAAGGAGAAAGCGCGCUUUUAACGUGCCUCUUUGUAGAACAAAUAGACUAAUGAAUAGUUUUAUCAUGCAUAACGCGGCUAUUUUCUAAUGGUUUUAUUGUAAAUUCGUGGCUAUUUUCUUAAAUUUCAUGACGUAGUAUCUUUGUUCCUUUGUUUUAUUUAUUUACUGUUAUUGAUUUAUAAUAGUUAGUCUUAGUAUUCAACGUAUUGUACACUCCGCAAUCCAGCCCUUGGGCUGCAAUGGAUUUUUAAUAAAGCUAUCUAUCUAUCUAUCUAUCUAUCUAUCUAUCUAUCUAUCUAUCUAUCUAUCUAUCUAUCUAUCUAUCUAUCUAUCUAUCUAUCUAUCUAUCUAUCUAAAGACACCAGGUAGCUACAGCAGCGAUAGAACAUGUAAAACACAAGAAACCACUUCUUUUUGCAAUCGUUAAGGUCUUUACGUUACUCUCCUUUUAUUUUUAGUGCUCAGAUUGGACUCAGAUAUAUUGAAAACAAAUUCUUCUUAUUUUUACCAUCUGGGAAAAUUUCUACAGCCUGCAAUUGGGUACAAUUCUCGCUGGCUACUGUGCUGGCGGGCUACAUUGCACGGCUGGGAUGUCUAUGAACAGUUUCACAGACGCUGCGAUGGAAAAAGAGACACAGUUACUAUAA